ACCCUGCUUUGCGUUCAAGGCAGGCAGGGGGGGACCCUCUGACUGUAGUUCCAGCCGCGCUGCCAGCAGCAGCACACCUGUCCGGCUGCCUGAGCUGGCAGAGUAGACUGUCUCGUCCGUGUUGGAUUACGCCAGCGUCGAAUAUUAAAAACCCCGAGUUAACCGCAGUUCUAAUGUCGCAACAUCCCACAUACGUCUCGUGUGCCGUAGUUUUCCCGCAGUUCCAUCUAGCCCAGUAGCAUGGCGUGCUCGACCGAAAAUAUCCCAUCCCUCGCACAUCGUCCGCACCAAACGCUGCAGAUCAUGUCACCGUCAUCUCUCCCGAGACAAACGUGCUGUAAGAAAGCCGCGCGAGGCGAUUCCUGCUGCUGUUCCUUUCCGUGCUGCCCCAAUCCCGAGACCUGCUGCCGGACGCCGAGCUACUUCUCGCUAAUCCAUCAUCCGCCGGCGCGUCCUAGCGCGGCAGCCGUCGCAAGUGCGUCGCCACCGGCUGCGACGGCGGGAAUUUCGGCGGGCGGCGCGGCACGCCCCGUGGGUGGAGUUUCUAGCCCUCAACGGGUUAUUAGGUCAACGAAAAAGCCCGUCGAAAUUCCGGUGCUAACCCUGCCCCGCGGUUCCCAUUUCGCCGAUUUCUGCGACGACGCCGCUAACCAAUUGAGGAGUCUAAACACCGCGGAAGUCGACUCGACCUCGGAGGAGGAGGACGACAUGCAGAGUUGGAGCAAGGAGCUCAGCGACACGAUGAUGGCGGCACGUCUAUCAUGCUCUGACAGCCCCGCCAGUACCGCAUUCGCACCUACUUUUAUUACCGCUCUGAACCACUCGGCGCCGGUCUCCGCCGCGGCGACUGACGCCGUCGCCCAGCCGAUGAGCGAAUGGGAGGAGGAGUUUCUGCAGCAGCUGGAGCUCUCCAUGGUGGAUUCGCGCGGGAGGCUCGUCGAGUCGCUCAUGGACAGCAGCGUGAGACCGCGGUCAGCGGCGUCUCGCAGCAGCAAGGCGGGUUUUAUUCGCCCGCGGAGCAAAAGCCAUGACAGGGCGUCUCAGCAGAGACGGUCGUCUGCGAAUCAGGUGCCUGAAAGGCCCAGGCGCGCUGUUAGUCAGGGGAGUGGACUGACGAGGCCUCGCAAGCUGUGGCAAUGGCUGCUGAACGGACCUGCGUCCCCCAGAUGAAAAGCGUUUCAUCACGUGCUAUGCUAGCAUAUUUUGAUUUUCCUGGCUUUGUUUACUUGUUUAUUGUAGAGUCGGCGCCAGGGCCCUAGAUUGGUUUUGAGGCUUCCUGAUCCAUCAGGAUUCUCCCUGCAGAAAAGUCUGAAUUUUCAGGGUCCCCAAAAUAAAAAUCCUGAGCCAUCAGAAUUACUUCAAAAA